UAUGUGGGAGGUAGAACAGGACAACUAUUAUCUCUUGGUUUUUUUAUCUUUCCUCCGUUCCUUUGCUAUAUUUUAUACUAUAUUUUAUCACCUAUAUUCAAGACUUACUUUUUACUCUCCCCCACUUACAUUUCCAGUCAGAUGCCAGAUCUUGGAAUUUCUAUUACCUCUACAUCUUCCACAUCUAUCUAUACUGACAUAGCCUCUACUCUAGAUCAGGUCCUCAUAAACUUAUUGCUUGAAGUAUUACAAUAGCCCAAUUGCUUUCUUUGCCUUAAGUUUCCUCUUUUAUCCAUGCUAUGCACAGCUUGAUAUUUCUAAAACCACAGGUAUGACCAUGCCACUGAUCUCUUCAGUGAGCAGCAGCUUUUUAUUUCCUCUAGGAUCAAAUACAAACACUUCUGUUUGUUCUUUAAAACUUUCUUCUACCUGGUUCCAGUGUCCCUUCUGAGAUUCAGUAUACAAAUUCUCCCUUUCACAUAUUCUACCGUUCAAGUAUACUAGCUUGUGCUGUUCUUUAUACAUGUCAAGCCAUGUACAUACUCCACACCUUCCUCGUCUCUGCUUCUAAGAAUCCUAAGUUCACCUGAGAGUCGGGUCAGGAGUCAUUUCCUUAUUCCCCUAGCUGUUAGUCUCUCUCUUGUAUUUAGCUCUUAUCUUUUGUUUAUUAGAUAUAUAUGUCUAUACCUAAUUUUAUUUCCCUCAAUGAUACUUGGAAGAAAGGUUGAUCAGGCAGCCAGAUGGCACAGUGGAUAUCCCAAGUUCUAAUUCAGCUUCAGACUCUUACCUGGGCACCCAACUAGGAAAUAUCUGGGGCAAAAUUUGAACCCAGGACCUCAUGUCUUUAGGGUUGGCCUUCAGCCCUCUAGAUCACUGAGCCAUCCAGUUGCCCUCUCGCUAUUAUUAAGAUUACCACAGGUAAGGAUAUAAAUAGAAAGACUACAGGAGGACCCAAGACAUAAACUUUAGGGGAAUGUUUAUAUUUAGUGGAUGAGAGAAGGGUGGAGAUCCAGGAAAAGAGAUUGAGAAGGAAUUUCCAGACAGGUAGAAGGAGGAACCAGGUAGUUCCAGUGUCAUGAAACCCAAGAGGGAGAGAUGGGCCAGCAGUGUUAAAUAUUGCAGAAAAACACAGAUUGCUGAUAGCCUUAGAGUAAUUUCAUUUAAGUGGCAGUGUCAGGAGCUGGAUUGCAAGGAAUUGAGAAAUGAGUUGGAAGGAGAAAUGGAGGCAGCAAGUAUAGAUGAUCCUUCUAAGAGUUUUGCUGUGGAAGGAAGGAGAGAGAUACUAGAGGAUAGUUUAAGGGAUAGCUGAGUCAAAUGAAGGUUUAAGUAUGGAGGAGCAUGAUUGUAGACAAAAGUGAAGGACCCAUUUUGAUAUGGAAAUGUUGAAGGUUAAGAAAGAGAGGGCAUGAUCAAGGGGGUCAUACCCCCCCAAGAGAUGAGAAAAGAUGGACUUAAGACAGGUCUCCUUUAAACUUCCCUGUCUCUGUUGAGAGCACCACUAUUCUUCCAGUCUCUUUGCUUUUUCUUAACCUAUAUAUAGAAUUAACAUCCCAAGGCCGACUGAUUUUAUCUCCUUCAACAUAUCUUACAUGUUCCCUUCCCUCUUAUACAGCCUUUAUAUACCUUUACCUUAUUUAAGGUCUUCAUUAUACCUCUAGCUUGUUUAUUAUAUCUAAAUAUCUGUCUACCACAAUAACUUUCUGGUUGGCUUUCUUCCUCCCAAAAAUUCCACAAAUGAAUAUGUUUCCAAUAGAGAUUUUGACCUUGGCAAAGAGUAAAGCUACCUCUACAUCAAUGACUGGAACAAAUGAAGAGAGAAUGGUGUAUGAUAAGAUUUCUGAGAUAGGAGGGAGCUUAGAUGAGAUAAAAUAAAGAUUUCUACCAAGAGUGAGAGGAGAAGGAAAGAAGGGGGUUGUAGCUGAGAAAAGAGUUUUGGAGCAGCUAUUAUGAUGGUGAUAAACACUCAUUCAAGAAUUUGGUAGCAUCAGUUUGUACUGAACUCAGUUGGCAUAGUUUUACCUAGCAAUAUUUAGUAGCACAAGGAGUGGAGAAGGCAGAUGGUGGUAACCCAGAGUUGGAGUUUGUCAAAAUAUGGAUGGUUAGUAUGACAAAAAGGAAAGGUUUUUAAGGGUAGCUGAUAAUGAAUAGUUGAAUUAGUCAACCAAAGGUGAAGAUAAUAAAGAGACGUGAGACCCAGAGUAAGGUUAUACCCUGGGAGGACAGAGGAUAGGUGGAAGGGUUGGAGGUCAUGAUGAGGAUGAAGAAUAGAUUUUAAAGGGGCAAUGCAGUAAGAGACAUUGAAGACUUAGGAGGGAGGGGAUCAGAGAAUUUUAGAGUUUUGUAUUAAGGAGACAGAAGUGAUAGACAAACCAAGGGUGUGGUUGAAGAAUAGUGGAAAUCUAAGUAUAGGAAGUCAGUAUAUGUUUGAGGGAACAUCAACAUAUAUAUUAAAGCCCCUAAGUAUGAGAGUGGGAGUUAGGGUGGAGUUGGAGGAUUAUGAGCCUGGUACUGAACUCCUUGAGAGGGGAAAAGAAUGUUUUAGAGGUAGAUAAAUGAUUGUGAUUUAUUUCAGAUGAUAAAGAUGGAUGAAGUGAACUUCAAAGGAAGAGGGGUUGCUAACAUUUAAUAGUGGAAGGAGGGAAUUUGGAAGUGGGAAUGAGGAGCAAAGAGAGUGUGCUUACUCUUCCUUCUCGCUCAGUGUUUCAAGGGGAAAUGAGAGGAGAAGGAAUACAUUGUACCAAAAAAAAAGUAGCUAGGGAUUCAUUAUCAUCUGGGGUUUGACCAGAUUUUUUUAGAGCAAAAAAAAAAUGGAAAAAGUAUAAGGAGAUAUAGGAUAAUGGAGUUUAACAGUCAGCUCUGGGGGAUGUAGGAAUGGAAUAGAACAGUAAAACAAGGAGGACAUGAAUUGUGAAAUGGUAGAACUGAGAUGGAUAGAUGUGAAAACAUUUGGAGAAAUAGGGAAUAGAUCUUAAUUUUGCUUCACAAAAGAGAGGAGCAGACACUGGGAAUUUUUAUCACCAUAAUACAGGGAAUAGAGUUGAAAGGGCUUCCCUUUUUUAGGUUCUUUGGAUGAAGAAGUAUGGAGUCAGUGCAGAUCCGUAGGAAUGUCUAUAACACAAUCUGAAUAGCAAUAACGUUUCAGAGGUUUGUCACUGAUGGGACCAGGCAGGAUAAUGCUUUACUUCUGAGUUAGAUUGGUAUCUGGAAUCAUUCAGGAGGAGUGGAAAUGUUGCCAUCUGAUUAGCAGUUGUAUCUUGUUAUUAAACCAUGACUUUCUGCAUUGUGCAUUAGAGACUUGGAAAACUUCCUCUAGCAAAGAAAAGAGAUCAGCUCAUAGUUGCUUUGGGCCUUACAGUAUACAUAAAAACUCUUUCUUAAAGGCCCUUCAGCAGUAAUAGCUUGUACAGGCAGGUCCACUUCUCUGAAAGAUUGAAUCAGGUUUUUUUCCUCAGGGGGUUUCCAAUAGUUUGCACUUCAAAAAAACCUUUUCCCUUCCCCUGAUGUUCACACCCUGCAAAUUCUUUUCUCCCAACCAGAGAAAUUUUUUUAUAGCCAAAGAUUCUUGUUCUCAAUCAUUACACAUCAAAAGAUAUUUGAAAAAGGUCUAAGAAAUUAUGUGAGUGACUAGAACCUGUCCAGAAUACAAACUUACAACAUUAUAAAGCCCCCAAAGUAAUAUAUCCAUUCCAGAGCCAAGGAAGGAGUCUACUUUGUCAAAGGUCCUAAUUGGGACCAAGUACCUUUUUUAUUGGUGGGGCAAUUUAUUCCUGCCUUUUCCCCAAGAACCAAAUUAUUGAAAAGUCUUUUCUAGAUUGGACUGGAAUUUGAUUUGUUUUUAGGUUGCUGGCUUCCUCAUUACUUUAGUUGUUAUUUCAUAUUUAGAAAUAACAAGGUAACCUUUAAAAAUUUUAAAACAAUGUCUUUAACAUCCAUAUUUCAGCUCUUGGGUUAUAGGAUAUGCACUGGGUUUCUCCUGAGACUGCUCCUGAUCAUGCCAAAUGAAGGUAGUCACAUUCUCUGCAUUCCCUAAGUCUCAGAGGUGUUGGUGAUGUCAUUUCCUCUUGUAAAGGAAAACCUCAGAACCCGGAGGGCCUGAACUCAGGUCUUGGCAAGUAAAUGAAGGAGGAACUUAUUUUGGAUUUCAAAUUAUUUGAGUCAAACAUAAAAGAGGCAUAGCCAUCUAUAUCUCUGAGGCCUGCAUUUUAUUAUCUAUAAGAUUAAUUAACAUGAGUGUCUUGUCUCUAGCAGUAUUCAUUAUAUUUUGAAGGAGAAGAUACCAAAUAACACUGAUUUCAGAAAUGAAAACCAUAUAUGACCAGAAUAUCUUGACUUCUUUAUUCCCUUCAUAAAUCUCACAUUUAUCAUUUAUUCAGAUCUUUGUGGAACACACAUAUACACACUAUUCCACCUUUUCUUUCCAACUGGAGAGCUUGAACAUGAAUAUUUUCAUAUGUGUGCAUGCACACACACAAAUACACCCAUAGUACAAAAUGAUGUAGGGAAGCAAUAGAGAAAAAAAAGCACUUUCUCCAGAGUUAAGAAGACCAGGAUUCAGAUUCCACUUUUCAUUAUUAUUACCUGUGUGUUCUUGGGCAAAUUACUUAACUUCUCAGCAUCAAUUUUAUCAAUCUGUAAAAUAAAGGGUGUCAGCUCUAGAGCAUAUUUAAGGGAUUUUAGUAAAAUUAUAUCUUAUACAAAGUAUAUAUUUUUUCCUUAUAUGUUUGAUCAAGAUUCACUUUUAGCUUUAAUUCUGCGACUGUAAGCAGAAGAUGUAUCUCCCCCCACCUUCCUUUCAUCCAUAAAAUAGAGGUUGUGGGAGUAAGAUUUUAGGAAAAUCAAAACAAUUUUUUCAAAAGUUUGUUGAUGCUGAGGUCACAUCCUCACUUUUCCUCUUUUUGACAUCCUUCUUGGUGGUGGUUUAUUUGCCACAAUCCUGUAUAAUCCCUUCUAAUAAUGUCUCCCAGAAAAUGGACCCUAUUUCAACAAAUAUAUAUUAAGUGCUUUCCAUGUACAAAUAAUAAAACAGUUCUACCCACUUCCUGGUAAAGAGGUAAUGGACCAUACUACAGAAUGAGACUUUUUUAGACAUUGCCCAUGCUAAAAUUUGCUUUGCUUAAACUGUACAUGUUAGUAAUAGAAAUUUUGUUUUUCUUUCAUUUUUAGUUAGUGGAGAGGAGAAAGGGAAGAUAGAUUUUUGUCAAUUAAAAAAAAUUUUUUUAAAAAAAGAAUGAAAAGAAACUGGGCUCUAUAUUUCACUCUCUUCAUAUACAUAGACAUAGGCAUGCAUCUACUUCGCCUGGUUUAGAUUGCUGUUCCUAUUUUCAGGCACUAGUAGAAAUUUUGGUCUCUGCCAUUUGCUAUCUAAGUCCAGAUCUCUUGUGGAAAGAAGAGAUGAGGCACUAGCAUCCUACUUACCAUGACAAAAGGAAUGGUGGUGGUUGAGGGAAGAAAUGGAUGGGUAGAGAAAGUUGUUAUACCUUUCCUCCAACAGAUAUACUAACCCCUUAUAGGAUCCCUGGGCCAUCCACGUAUAUUUUUCUGUUCUUUAUCUUGUUUCUUUUCCAUAACCACUGUCCUGUAGGAAGCCCUCUAUAUCCAUUGGCUCCCUUUCUUCCUCACUUCACCAUCUCUACUUUAAAAAAAAAAAUCUUUACCUUCUGUCAGAAUUGAUACUAAAUAUUGGUUUCAAGGUAGUUGAGUUUAUAAGGGCUAGGCAACUGGGGUUAAGUGAUUUGCCCACGUUUACUUAGCUAGGAUGAGUUUGAGAUCAGAUUUGAACUCAGGAAUUCUGGUCUCCAGGUCUGACUUUUUAGCCACUAAACCACCUAGCUGCUGUUCUACUUUUGAAAUCACCACUCAAUUGAAACUAUUUUUUCUAAGUUUACCAAGCAUCCCUUCAUCCCUUCCAUAUAUUCUAAAGUCAAGCUACAGAGGCCUACUAGAUAUUGAAUGAAACUCCAUCUCUUUAUUAUGCUUCUCAGUGGGUUGGUCUCCCAAGCCCUAGAAUGUGCUCCUCCUUUUACCUUCACUUCAAGAAUCAACUCAAAUCACACCUUUUAUAGGAAGCCUUAUCCAGAUCCCUUUUUUACUGAUAUCUUCCUUCUGAGAUUGUAUUUCACUUGUACUUUAUAUUUCUUGAGGUUAGGGACUAUUUUUAAUUUUGUCUUUGUAUUCAGAGUACUUAACACAAUUUCUGGCACAUAGUAUGUAUUUAGUAAAUACUUGUCUUUUUUUUUCCAGUUCUCAUCUUCAUGACCUCUGCAGUUUUGUUCACUCCUGAACAUACUUCCCUCUUAGAUGCUCUCCUCAGACCUUUUGUAUGUUACUUUUUCCUGGUUCUCUUCCUUAUUGGUCAGAUGAUUCUUUUUCUCUCUUUAUGAGAUCAUCAUUUAUAGUUCUCUCCAUAACUAUGGGUUUCUCCCAAAGUUUUACCUUGGUCCUUCUUAUGACUAUUCACCCAUCUUAAUAAUCUUAUCAGCUCCCUUAGCUUCCAUUAUCAUUUGUAAAGGACUCCCUUAUCUAUGAAUUCAUCUCUAAUCUUCUCUUCUGAGCUCCACUGCUUUAUUAACAUCUGUCUGUUGGAACAUCUCCAAUGGAAUAUUCUAUAAGUAUCUUAGACCCUGAAACAAAAGCCAUUCUUUCUCCUUCUUCCAAACUUCCUAUCUCUCAAAGGCUUUUCAUUCUUCCAGGUUUGUGGUCCCAGUGCUAACUUUACCAUCUUUUGUGUCCACCAUAUUAGUUGACAUAUCUUCUUGAUACUACCUCUACAAUAUCUGUCACAUUCCUUUCUUUCCCCACCCACAGCCAUCACUCUAGUUUAGGACCUUAUAACUUCUUAACUGUUCUAAUAGCUUCCUAAUUUGUCUCCUUGAAUACAGCUUUUUUUUUUUCACUUUACUAUCCAUUCUUUACACAGCAUUCAAAAUAGUUUUUCUAUAGCACAAUUCUGACCAGGGAAUUCCAUGCUCAAGAACCUUUCAGGGACUCCCUAUUGUCAGUAGGAUAAAAUAUUCCUCAGUUUGGCAUUCAAAGCCUUUCUACAUCUGACUCAACCUAACCUUUCAGGGCUUACUUUGUAUUACCCUCUUUCCUCAUAUAGAAUAUAGGAUAGUUGAAUCUCUGGGGGAUAUGUUAUAAGGAGUUUUCUUAAUCUCACUCUAUCUUUUGAAGGCAAUAACAGACAGAUUGGCCCUCUGUCUUUUUAAGAGGUUGAAUAUAAAAGAAAGAGGCAGUUAAGCCAAAAGGCUCUUUCUCUCUGACUUCCUUGGAUGCAGUCUCUCUGAGUCAAGAGGAUCUGGCAGUUAAUAUCUGAUAGUUUGGAUUCAGAUACUGGUUUAAGGAGAUUGGAGGAGAUAAAGGCUUAUUUUAUUAGAUAGAUAGAUAGCAAAUUUAAUCUUAGUUAGAGAGUGUAGUUCAGAUAGGACUGCUUUGCCAAGGCAAGAAGACCCUGCCCAAGAAGGCAGUUAGAUUUAGGGUUUCUUAGAAUUUUUUAGUAUAGGGUUUUGGAUUUUAGACAUAGUAUAAGAUUUAAGAGCUAUACUCUCAGUUUCCUCCCUCCUAUUCUUAUCCAAACUUCUCCUCAGAAAUAAAUAUUACUGGUUUACCAAAUUGCUCUCCACAAUUUUAUCAACUCCUACCCAAAAUUUUAACCCUUAGCUGCCUGGCUGCCCCAUUAUGGCCAAACUGUCCAACUUGGUGUUCCCUGGAUCCAGCAUUCCAUCUUUAUCUUUGGCUAUUAGCCAUUUUUAUCAUGGCUAUCCCCAUGUCUGGAAUGUUCUGUCUUUGACUCUUAGAAUCUCUAGCUUCCUUCAAGACUUAGCUCAUAUACCAGCUCCCAUGAGAAUCCUUCCUUGAUCCCUUUACUUGUUAGUAUUGCUUCUCCUCUCCAAUUUCUCAGAUUUCAUGCAUAUAACUUUCUGUUUACAUGUUGUGUCCCCCAGAGAGCUUGACUUUUACAUUUUAAAAAACCUCUAGUUCUUAGAACUAUAUAUAUUGUGUUAUAUGUUAUAUAUAUAUUACUUGAUUUAGAAACUACUAGGUGACUCGGAGUGAUCUAAUCUUUUCUUUGAAGAAGUUUCAUAGUUUCUGUUUCUCUUCCUUCUAGCAAAUGAAAGUGCUAUUCUGAGCUCUUAUACCAAGUGCAAACAUUCCUAAUAAUUGCUCUGAAUGAGAAUCCUUCCAUGGAGGUCUUGAAUGGAUAGAUUAAUUACUCUUCAAGUACAUUUUAGAGGAGAUGCUUUUUUCAGGUACAGGUUGGAUUGGAUGGCCUCUGAAGUCCCUUCUAACUCUGAAAUUCUGUUAUUUAGAUGGCCAUUGUGGUGGUAAGAGAAGUGUGGGGGACAAAAUGUAAGUAGGGAACAGAUAAGAUACUUCCCUAACACAAAGGAGAGUAGUAUAAAAUGAAGUAAGAGCUGGAUUGUGGAGGGCUUGGAAUGCCACAGUUAGGAAUUGAUGUGUUUUUUAUUAUAUAGGACAUUGAAAGGUUUUGUUUAGAAGAGCCAUAUCAGAUUGGUACAGUAAGAAGAUUAUUUAUUUAAAUCAUCUGUGUCCUAAUAACUUUCUCAAACAUCAAACAUAGUCUUUGUUGCUUCUGCUUUACUCUGUUGGCUUGUAACAAUACUGGUGUUUUUAAUGGUCAACAUUUUAAACUAUGUCAUAGAUGUACACAAACCUAAGGGUACUAAAUUUGGGCGUUUUUCUAAGGAAGUUAAUAAAGUUAAGGAUUUAAAUGUAGAAUAAGCAAAGAGCUGCCAAAGAUUCUCAUUCUUCAUAACACUGCUAACUUGUUCACAUUAUUCUUUUUUAGAUACUAGGUUACAAGUUUGUUAUUCUAAGCAUAACUUUCCUUGGCCUCAAUUUCUUUACCUGUAAAAUGAGGGGUUGGACUUGAGUAUCUCUAAGGUCCCUUUCAACUUUAAAUCUAUGAGUUGAUGAAUCUUAAUGGCAGAGAGAGAGAUAAGUUCAAGGGUUCAGGUAGAGGAUUUUCCUCUUGUUUAUGUAGGGUAAUUUGGCUAGAAAAAGCAGUUCAACUUGCAACUGAAUUUCUUACCUAGUUCUUUUUUUCUCCCUAAUUUGAAGACUAAGUUAAUGCGAACUAUGACUUUAAAACAUCCUCCUUUUUUCAGCAACAUUAAUCUUCAGUGUAUGGAAUUUGGCAUUAUGUUUCCAAUUUUUUUUUUCACUAAAGGGAAGUUUGAGUUGAAGGCUUCCUGGCAGGGUUCCAUGCUUCUACCAAACCACCUGUCCUGGCAGAGACAAUGGAAUCAAAAGUCAAGUUCUUUAUGACUGCACCUGCCUUACACUCUCUGCCAACAGUCUGAUUCAAACCUUGCCCAGAAACAAAUUUUGAUGCCAUUGCACUUAGCACCAAAAACAUGGCUGAACAUAUCCAAAGGCCUGGAAGCCCCAAUUACAGGAAUACAAAUUCUGAUUCUAUCAUUUAUUAAUAAAUUUUGCAAAGGCAUCCAUUUUAUAAAAUCCAGAGAAUGCAAGUUGUUUUUCAUUGAGGUUUUCAAGAUUUUUGUGAGGAUACAUUGUUAUCAAUAAUUUUGUAAUAAAGUAUUAGCCAAAUUCUUAAUGCUAUUUUUAAUCUCAUAGGCCAUUUUUUGUAAUUCCACAUUUAAGAUUUAUUGAAAUAAAGGGGCAUAAUGGUUAGACAGCUACUGCAAAAUAGAUCAGGCAAAUAUCUGGUAUUAGAUAACCUCAAAGAACUUCUAAGACUUGUCUAUCUUACAUUGUUCUUUUAUAUUGUAUAUCAUUUUUCUCUUCUUCCUUGUCUCCAAAGUGCCGGUGACCCCCUGAGCCACUAGGCACAUUGCCCAGCUUCUCUCUGAAGUUAAGUCAGUUUUGAUGACAAAAGGGCUUUCCCUUCUUCAUGUGGACCUCUUCUUAUGUUCCCUCAGGCCAUAUUACUCCAUUCCUCUGUAACUGGUGGCCUGGUGUCUUGAGAACUGAAUUCCUAAAUCAGUCUGUCAAUUUAAAAUAUUCAGAUUACCUGUCCAAUCAUGGUAUUAAUAGCCAUGUGCUGCAUACUUUUGUACUAUUCAUGCAUGAUGAUGUAACCUGAAAAUGAGUGAAAUUAUAGCUGAGACUUAUGAGAAAGAAUGUGGAAGCAGAAAGGCAGAAGAAAAAUAUAAUAUCACUUGUUUAUAUGGGUACAUAAUUUGGGGUUUUAGUUUUAAAAGAUUGCUCUAUUGCAAAAAUGAAUAAUAUGGAAAUAGGUAUCAAGUGAUAGCAUUUGUACAACCCAGUAGAAUUGCUUAAUCGGUUCUGGGAAUAGGGAGGGAAGAGGAAAGAAGGAAGGGAAAGAAAAUGAAUCAUGUAAACAUGGAAAAAUAUUUUUAAAAUAAAUAAAAGUUUUUAAAAAAGGAUCCCUGAAUUAGAUUUCAGUUCUUCCUGCUUGAUCUCAUACUAAAUAGAAUAUUUGGGGUGACUAUUUAAGGAAAAGUUAGGAUAGUUGAGUUUCAUUCCCCUAAAACAUCCAAGCAAAUAUAUUUUUUUCAUGUGGGGCGGGGGGGGGGGGAGAGAAUAGUGGAUUAGGUACAGCAACAUACUUAAAAGUGACUAGUUUGUUCAAAUCUGGCCUCAGACACUUCCCAGCUGUGUGACCCUGGGCAAGUCACUUGACCCCAUUGCCUAGCCCUUACCACUCUUCUGCCUUAGAGCCAAUACACAGUAAUGACUCCAAAACGGAAGGUAAGGGUUAAAAAAAAAAAAGUGACUAGUUUAAUAGACAGCAUUGUGUUCUAAGGGGAAUGAAUAACAAUGUGGAAAUUGUAGAUUUGGGACUGAAACCAUGAAUUACUUGUUUAUGAAGUGAAUUAUAUUUUUUAGGCUCUCAUAUUAACUUUCUUCCAUAGUCAACUGUUUUUUAGUUUUCUUUUCAGCUUUUGAUUUCUGAAGGGCUUCUGUAGCACAUUAUGCUAUGUGAACAUCAUUAUUUCUUUUUCAUCUAAUUUGUCUUGUAGAAAUUGCUUUAUCACUAAGUGGUGGCUUAGUGCAUUGUAGUAUUCCAAGCCCCUCAUAGCAUUGCUGCAGAAUUUAAAAUUUGAACAUUACUGAGGUAAAAUGACAGUAAAGCUUAUUUUAUUAAUACUAAAAUAUCUAAGCCCUUUCACCAAAUCAAAUCACAAUUCCUGAAACUUGUAGUUUUUAGAAAAUUGCUUUAUCUGAAAAAUUCAUCACUCUGCAGUUAAGUUUGGUAUUGAGUGUUUUUGGAUGUAGCUUGCUUAGACAGGUCCUAGAGCAAGGAAUGUCUAGUCAUUCAUAGAUCCAUUCUAGAAACUUUUCUAUCUUGGUAAUUCUUGUCAGAGUUUGUGCUGCCAUAACCUUUGAGAACCCAGAGUAAACUCCACCCCAUAGUGAGGCUUACUUGGACUAGGACUUACUGUAGGCUCAAAAAAACAUGUUUUAACUAUAAUACUGAUGAGGUGUUUUGUUGGUUCAGAAAUCGUUUUCUGAAAAUCGUAUUGGAAGCAUCUCAGUGCCUGAGAUAGCCUGAUAGCUUGGGGAAUUUGUAUUCAAUUCAUUGUUAACACUAUCAUUUUAAAGACUCCAAAAAAGGCAAAUGAAAGAAAUAUUAUGGGUGCCUUGGAAAUUUCCUAAUCAAUUUUUAAUUUUAAUUAAACACAUAUAACAUAUAACCCUUUUUGAAACAAAUACAAAUACAAUUUUUUUCAACCCAUACUAGUAAAGCAUGAUAUAACACAAUUGGGAUUCAGAAGAUUUAAGAUGUAGGCUUCCUAUUGCUGUCUUUUGUGAUUUUAAGAAAUGAUCUUCCCAUUUGUAAAAUGGAAGAAAAAAAGGAUAUCAUUUAUGUUUCUAUUAAAUGGGAGUAAAUAAUUUUUCUUUGAGACCUUGUGAAGACUAGUGAGUGUUUGCAAAUCAUUUGAAGUUCUUUGGAAUGAAGGCUACCAGGUAAACACAAUAUCUUUGUUAUCAUUAGAAAAGAAAGCCUGGCAUGUGAUAUUUGAGGUCACUUGCAUAACCAGAACUUUCUAGCGGCAUGUUUGAUGUUCUCCCUCCCCUAUCCUUUUUUCUUUUUUUGACCUUUAGUGCUUGAUAUCUUUAUACAUUUAUUGAGGCUAUUGGCCAAAGUCUCUAGAUACUAAACAGUGGGUGUUAAGAAGGGAAGAUGGCUAAGCAUCCACAUCCAUUGUGCAUCCUGGGUCCUGGAAUUUUCUGAGAAUGUGCUCAAAGUAAGCAGAUCAGGUUGAUAUCUUAAAGUAUCUGAUAAGGGGUAGUCUCUGUUAAAUAGGAGUUUAAUUUAACCACACAUCAAUUUAGACUUUUUUAAAAGUUCAUCUUUUCCCACUAAUAAUGUUUUGCAGGAAAGCCUUAAUUGAAUAGAACUUGUGUAAAAUUAACUCUUAUUUUUAUGUGUUUAUUCUACUUUUAUGAAAAAUGAUAAAUGAAAAGAUGAUAUUAAUGAUUAAAAAAUUUUCCCAGGCAAUAUCCUAAAAUCACAAAAUUGACCUAAUGCCUUAUUGUGAUGGAAUGAUGACAAUAACUCUGGAGUUUUACACAUUAUGCUACUAGACUUUAAGCUAUGUUAGGAAGGUCUUUUGAAUCAUCUCAUUGACAAAUUCUCUGUUGUUUAAGGGCACAUCACAUGUAAAUAAAGACAUUCAUUACUUGUAGGUUCGCCAAUAGGUGCUUAAUUCCUUGGCCAUGGCAGUUGACGGACUGUGAUCUGUCUCUGAUUGAAAGAAAGUUCAUUUCAAUGAGAUAUCAGACCCAUAGAGGUAUAUUUAACCCUGUUUUCUACAUUACAGCAUCCAUUUGUUAUAUAGUAAUUGAUACUGAUAAUAACUAUAGUAUACUAGAAGAACUUAUCAAAAAAGAUUAUUUAGAACACAUUGUAUUUAUGAAGGAAUGAAGACAAAUUAGUGUAUUUUAGAAAUAUUUUUUCAUGAGAUAUUAAAAUAUUAAAUAUUACAAUCAAAAGAAUUUUCUGGUUAUUUCAUGUUAACCAAAAGACUAAAUUAAUUGUCCUUGGGCAGUAGACAUGUAGUUGGUCAGAAACUCAUACUAGAAAUCUUUCUAGGUUUACUCUUUGAGUAUGCCAGUUAGUACAGAUUUUGCUGUAUCAUUAUUUUCUCUGUAUGCCAGUAGUCUAGUUUGUGAAUGGAAGUUGGGGAAUAUAAUAUGUUCAUGACUUAAUUAAACAAUUUGAAAUCCCAAAUAUAUUUUCCAGUUCUAAAUCCUAUGAUCUUAAGUUGGUGUAUUCUUUUGUAAAAGGUGGCAUAUUACUUGUGGAUUCUGGAUUCAUGACUCUGCCUGAACUCCUGCUUAUACUGUUAUAUAAUAGAUUUUUUUUUAACCCCUACCUUCUAUCUUAGAAUCUUACAAUGUCUUUUGUAGGCAGAAGAGUGGUAAGGGCUAGGCAAUGGAGAUCAACAGAGUUACACAGCUAGGUAGUGACUGAGGUUAGAUUUGAAUCCAAGACUAAAGCCUGGCUCUCAAUCUACUGAGCCACCCAGCUGCCCCCAUAUAAUAGUUUGUUGGUUUUUUAAAAAUCCUUAGCUUCCAUCUUGGAAUCAAUACUGGAUAUUGGUUCUAAGGCAAAAGAGUGGUAAGGACUAGGCAAUGGGGGUUAAAUGACUUGUCUAGGGUCACACAGCUAGAAUGUGACUGAGGCCAGAUUUAAACCUAGGACCUCCCAUUUCUAGGCCUGGCUCUCAAUCCACUGAGCCACCCAGCCGCCCACUUAUUAUAUAAUAGUUUCUAAUAGAAACUAUCCGAGCUCAUAGGAUUAUAGAUCUAGAUAGAGGUAGAAAAGACUAUAGAAGCCAUCAAGUAUAACUUCCUCAUUUUAUAGAUAAGAAAACUGGGGCCCGUUUAAAUGCCCCAGAUUACAUAGGUUGUAAGUAACAGAAGUGUGUUUCAAAAAUUGGUCCCCUUGCUAGGAUAAUCACAAUGAACAUGAAUGACCCCAGGAUGUCCCCUUUUCUGUAAACUUUUCCCUAAGACUCCUCUUCCACCCAUGGUUUUAGUUACAUCACUUGGGAGAUGAGAGUAAAAUCUGACUUUCUUUUAUUAAAUUGAUAUUUCUUUCUGUGCAUUCUUGCUUCCAGCUGAUUUUCUUGAUGUUCCUUUGCCAACUCAAACUUUGCAUGUUGGGUUUGAGCUACUUCUAUUUCUUGUUAGCCCCUGCUUAUGUUUUCUCUUUCUAUCAAUGUUAUUUGUUACCAAACUCAUCAUGUGUGUUUUGUUUGUAUCUUAAACUAUUUUAACCUCACUAUCAUUUCUUCUACCUCUUGUCUAAUUUUCUAUUUGUGUCAUUCAAAAAGACAUACUCGGGGUCAUUCUUUUUCUCACUUUGAAAGUUUUUUUGUUAACUUUUCUGUCAUUAUAUAUAUUUUUAAGGUGUGAUUCAGAUGACUUGGAAAGUUACCCUUUCCACUUUACCAGUUCAUAGUCUGUAUUCAAUACAUAUAUGAAAUAAUCAUUUUGUUGAAUAGAUUGUUGUACUGCUGCAAUUGUUUGGAGACAAUUUUCUGCUAGACUGAAAUAACAGGCAACAGCAUUUCAAAUUACAAGCAUGCUGAUAGGAAAAAAAAAGAUGAUUUUCUUCUCCUUUCAAGUGAAAGCUUAGAGUCUGAAGAAAGUUACCAAAUAUAGAAAAUAAGAGAGAAUAACUGAAAAAUGCAACAGUUUUGGGUUUUUUCCUGAUAUUUAUGACAGUGCAGUUUUCUGGAGUAUUUUAUUGUUGAUUAUGUAUUAAGGUUUCUUUCUACAGUUGUUUGGAAAGAAUUCUUUGUGAAUAACCAUGUUUACAUCAUCUAGAAAAUUGUCCACUGUAAAGAUCAUGUGUGUUUCUUUUGCCAUGCAUUGGAUUCAGUCAAAUCUUUCCUUCACUGAAUUUUUACUUGUACUUGAAAGUAUUAUUCCCUUCUCCCCCCCGAAAAAAGUGUAUUAUACAGCUCUUUGAUUUCAUGGCCUCUGGUUUCAGUUUUAUGACAGAUUCACUUGACAAGAAACUAAGACUGGUGUCACUAGAUUAAGAGGUCACAGCAUUGUCCUGCCCUUCACACAUUCAGAAGAGAAUUACUGAUUCUCUGGCAAAUGUUUUUGGAUGUACCUGACUAAAGGUACAAAUUCCUAAUCUGGAAUAAUUUGGGGUUUGGAUGAUUAGAAAGCUAGAGGUACAAAUUCCUAAUCUGGAAUAAUUUGGGGUUUGGAUGAUUAGAAAACUAGAGGACUUAUAAUUGUGUUUUUAACAAAAAUUGGUAGUACUUUUUUUAAAACCAUCUUUGGGUCAACUAAGAGCUGUGACUCAUGGUUUGGCAGUCUCAAAUUCAUUACCUUAUAUUUUCUCUUUUGGACUUGAGAGUUAACUGCAAAAGCUAAGAGAGAUUUGUGGUGGUGUUCUCAUGAAGGAGGAAAUAUUAUUUAUAUUGUUUUCUAUAUACUGUUAAUUUUUCUAGGCAAUAUAUAUAUAGAAAACUGAUAAGGAACUUUGCUUUCUCUUUGAUAUCCUUGCCUACUUAGCACAUGCUCUCUUUUUGACAGUAUAGUUUCAGCUUUCUUAUAAGGUAGAGUAUGUUUAAGGCUAUUAAACAGUUGUACCUCAUACAUAGUUCUUGCCUUGAAGUUGAGAGUUUGGAAGACAUACAUGAGCUAUUCCUUAAGAGUUCUGAAAUUGAAAGAGAUAACCAGUGUAUAUAAAGAAAUUCAAUUACUGGAAAGAAAACUAUUGCUGCUAUUCCUUUUCUGUUAUUAUCAUCCUCUAAAUAUUCAUCUAGGUGGGCCUUGCCCUUACUUAUGAAUCAUUUUCUCUAGUCUUUUCUCAAGUCCUUUUGUUGGCCUCCUUUGAAUUUUGGGUUUUAUCUCUUAUAAAGUAAAGGCUUCAAGCAAUGUAUAGCAUUUGAGGUGUAAUCCUGAAUGUGCUGUAUAAUUAUAUUUGUUUCAUCUAUCUUGUUGAUUUUAUAUAUUUUAUAACAGGGACUGGUCUUUGCAAUAUUAUACAUUGAAUUCCUAUUCAGUUGGUUUUCCCAUUACCCACAUGGCUCUCUAAAUCAUUUCUCUCCUAGUUGUUCAGCAUGUCAUAUAUAUUGCUUUUUUCCUUCUGUUUGACAUCUAUACAAUGUAAGUUUUUCACUUCUUUUUGGGCUGUGCUUCUAAGAAUAAAGUACAAGGGUCAGGUUGUAGGAAAUUAUGUCUGAUCUCAGAAUUAAAUCAUCACUUGAUGGUGAUCUAUUUUAGGGCAAUUUUUCCUUUAGAGACCUAAGUGGUGACUCUCCCAAUAUUCCUUUAUAAAAUUUUAGCCUACCUGAAAUGUCUGUUCGUGUUCAGAGACCAAGUUGGUCAAUUAAUUUGAGCUUUUAAUUUUUCCCUGCAGGAAAUGCAUCCUUGGUAGAUAGAAACAAAGGAAAAUUGGACUGAUUCCUAUGAGUUGCCCAGGAGCACUCAAUCCUAUUGCUAUUCUGAAUGUUGUACAAGAUUUAUCUUGCAUCUGAGCUGUAGUGUUUUUAGAGAGCUUAAAACUUUAUGAUAAAUCCUUAAAAAUCAAAUGAAUCAGUCUUCAACCCUAUACUUUAAUCAAACCAGUAAUGUUGAUUUUAUUUUCUCCUCAAAGUGAAUAAGUUGGAGAAUAACUUUUCAGCAUGAAGGCUUCCUUCUCUCAACAGACAAGGUCUCGGGAGAGAGAGUGAGAGAACACAUUCUGAACACUCCUUUUGUGUCGGCAUCUCUGUGAGGUGCUUUGGAAGGACUCCAGCCAGGCAUGGAAGGGCUCUUUGAUAAUAUCUGACGGUCCCAUCCCCUUUACCUGUGCAAUGCCAGUGAUGAUGACAACCUGGAACCUGGUUUCAUAAGCAUCGUCAAGCUGGAGAGCCCAAGGAGAGCCCCUCGUCCUUGUCUGUCAUUGGCCAGUAAGGCCCGGAUGGCAGGUGAGAGAGGAGCAAGUGCUGUUCUUUUUGAUAUCACUGAGGAUCGUGCAGCUGCUGAGCAGCUGCAGCAGCCCCUGGGACUGAGGUGGCCAGUGGUAUUGAUCUGGGACAAAGAUGCUGAGAAGUUGAUGGAAUUUGUGUACAAGAAUCAAAAGGCCCAUGUGCGAAUUGAGCUGAAGGAGCCCCCAGCUUGGCCAGAUUAUGAUGUGUGGAUUCUCCUUACUGUGGUGGGCACGAUUUUUGUGGUCAUCCUUGCUUCUGUACUACGGAUCAGAUGCCGCCCCCGCCGCAGGCCGGAACCCUUGCAACAACGAACAGCUUGGGCCAUCAGCCAGUUGGCCACUCGAAGGUACAGGACCAGUUGCAGACUAUUUCAAUCCCAGUGGUCUGACUCUGGGAGCAACUACAGCUCUGCACCCAUCUGUGCCAUCUGUCUAGAAGAAUUUACAGAUGGGCAGGAGCUACGGGUUAUUUCCUGCCGCCAUGAAUUUCACCGAACUUGUGUGGAUCCUUGGCUGUAUCAGCACCAGACCUGCCCACUCUGCAUGUUCAACAUCAUAGAGGGAACUCCAUUUCUCCAGUCCUCGGGACCCUCACAUCCAUAUCAAGAACCUGGCAGAAGGCUCCAUCUCAUUCGCCAGCAUCCUGGUCAUGCCCACUAUCAUCUCCCUGAAGCUUACUUGCAGGGCACUUUACAGACUCCAGUAGCCCAACCCCCUCAACCUGGUCCCUUCUUGUCCUCCAUGGAGCAUGGUUCUUGGCAUCACCACCCAUCUAGAACCUUGCAUCUUGGACAUGCAUGCACUCGGCCUCGCCCAGGAGCUCUUCAUAAUCCCCAUACUGCUUCCUGGAGGCUGGGCCGCUUCAGAGCCUGUUCCAUGCAGCACCCAUUGACUUGUUCAACCUCUCCACGACGGUCAAGGCCACAUGACAGCAGUGGAUCAGGGGAGAGCUAUCGUACAGAACGAAGUGGCUACCUGGCAGAUGGACCAGCCAGUGACUCCAGCUCUGGGCCCUGCCAUGGUUCUUCCAGUGACUCAGUGGUCAAUUGCACAGACAUUAGCCUUCAGGGCAUCCAUGGCAGCAGCUCGACCUUCCGAAGUUCCCUUAGUGAUUUUGACCCCUUAGUAUACUGUAGCCCUGAAAGUGAGACCCAGGAGGAGGUGCAGCUCAGUAUAGGUUAUAGGCCCCGAUCUCUGGACUCUGUGAUACCAAAAACAGAUCCUCAGGUGUCAAGCCAUAUCCACUACCAUAAGCACCGGCACCAUCAUUACAACAAGCGCUUUCAGUGGCAUGGCAGAAAAGCUAGACCAGAAACUGGACUAUCUCAGCUCAGGCUCACAGCUUCCCAGACAGAACCCCAAUCAGAGCCCCCACCUCUUGUCCAAAAGACCCCUAAAUCUAUCGCCUCAUCCCCAUCUACACAGGUUUCUUAUCCAAGGCCUCGGGCUCUCACAGAGUCAAACUGUGGUUCUGAAGAAAACUCUGAUCCCAGCCCUGCUUGCCUCCCUAGCCCUUUAGGAUUACAGAGACCUGUUGUCUUGACACAUCACCCACAGAGGAAACAGAGGGGGCUUCCAGAACCUAUCUCAGUCCUCCAACCCCAAGAUGUGCCUGUGAUCUCUAACUGCAAAGUCUGUCCCAAUCAUGAUCCUAACUUAACAUGUCCCUGGCCUCGAGAGACCCACCCAUUGAUCCCUGGACCUCUGGGCCUGGAUACAAGGCUGCUACCAGAUGCUACAGGACCCUGUUAUUCAAGCUCACAGCCUGUGUGGCUGUGUCUUACAAAGUGUCAUCCACUGAGUCAUCGUCCACCUGAGGAGAGAUCCACUGAAUGGAGUGCUGAUGUUCUAGAGGACAGGUCGUGUCCUUACCCACAUUGUCAGGUUCUGACAGCCCAACCUGGUCCAGAGGAGGAGAUUGAAGAGCUGUGUGAACAAGCAGUGUGAGAUGGGACGGGCUCCAGCUCAAGGCCUUCAACAACAAUGUGCCCUGGACGACUUGGCACCUAGCCCAGCUCAGAUUCCCUGCUUCCCUCCCUCUCUAAGAGAAGAAAGGGACUCAGCGAACACCCUUUCUUUGGCUGUACUCAAAAGUGCCAGUAUAGGGGAGAGGGAUGAUGGUGUUAAGAGAGUGCUUGUCCAUAUCCAUGGUUUGUUUCCUGUUCUUUGCUCUGGGAUGAUGACAUCUACAAAUUGGUCCUAACUGAGAUCUGCAGCAUUGAGAAGUCAGUGCCUAGCAGGGCUUCCAGCUAUUGCUUUUAUGAGCCUGGCUCUUUUCCAGGUUAAAUCUUCUGAAGACACACAUGCUGAGGGGUAACUUCUGGACUAUUUUCCUCCUCUAUCCAUAGCCCACUACGGCCCAGAUAGUUUCAUUCCCUACAUUCAUUCAGUCCUAGGGAACAUUAUAGUUGUGCUGGAUUAGAGAUAUGCAUUCAAACAGCCAUUUGACCCUUUCCUUCUGCUGUACCCCAAAAUCAAUUUCUACUUAACUUUUUAUUAGAGAAAAGGGUAGGGGGAGGGGAAGAGGUUUAUCAAGGGACAAGUAGGAAUGAACUGUUAAACUUAUACACUGAGUUAUCCAAGCCUUCCUACACCUGUGGUAUCCACUAUAUUAAGCCACAGGAUAAGCCCUGAUAAGGGCCUAAUAUGUUUUAAGCCAGGACAUAACAUCAUGUCCCCUAAAUCACUGUGUCCUUAGGGUGUUGAGGGGCAUGCACCAAAGCAACCCAAGCCUAGCCCUUAACUUGGCCUUCAGAAUCUCUCACUGUUGCAGAAGUGAUUUCUGGGCAAGUUACUUAACCUCACUGGGCCUGUUUUGUCAUCAGAGGUAGGAGGCAGGAUUUGUGCUUAAUGACCCCUAAGGUUCCUUCCAUCAUCAUCAGAAUUUCCCUACCUUUUCCUACCCCUGUAGGCCAUAUAAGGUAUUGGUGUAGGAAAAAGAGACAAUUUGUCUGAAUGGACAGUGAAACAGUAGAAGAGGGAAAACUAUCAGAGCAGAGAGGAAACUGAGGCAUUCUGUCCUAAGACCAAAGCUGGAGAGAAUACAGGAAGGAGGAAGACAGGAUUCUAGGAUCCAUGAGGUUAAAGGGCAUGGAAGUUUAGUUCAUGAAUCAUACAAGGGAGAGUGGGGAUGGACUAGAAAGUUAAGGUUGGCUCUUAAUGGGGGGGAGGGGGUAGAGAGACCUCUUUAAAAUGGUUCAUACUUCAGCCUUGUACCACUCCUCUUGGGCACUAUUUGGAACAGGAAUGUGGGAAGCAGGAAUAACUCUCCAUGGAAGCUCCAGGACUUCUUAAAACUGGUGGGGAGAAGCAGCAUCUCAGAACCCACCUGGUUAUAUCUGAACCAGACACAGAAAGAUGCUUGAAUCAGGCACUAUGUUGAGAAAUGUAUUUAUUUACUAAUAUAUUUAUCCACAUAACAAA